UAAUAAACCCUAUUAUGUUGAAUACAUUGUCUACAAUUAAAUAGGUCCUGGUCUCUUUAAGAUUUAGGUGGCGGUGUGCUUGAGCAAAUGUUUCGGAAGUGUAAACGCUAAGGUAGGAGGAAUCGAAGGAAAGGAGAGCAAAGGGAUGGAGAAAUUAUCCCUUUUUGACAGCCUAUUGGUGAAUACACAGUUCCACACAAAAUACCAAGCACACCCUGACUGGUGCAUUGUCGUCGUUUGACAUCCACUAACGUUAGCGGUAAUCGUGAAAGGUCCACUAGGCUUAUGCUCUACCGUGACCUGGUGCACACCAGAGAGAGAGAGGGUGGUGCUCUCUUCAGGCCUCUCCGUGGGGUAGAGGGUGGUUGCUGAUAAAUUAGGGACCAGGGCUAGCUGUGGGUCUGGUAGUGAGACAGUGAGCCAUACCUCCUGCCCCACUGAAAUAGAGUGUGUGAGAGAGAGGCGACUGGAGGGGGAGGCAGGUGCCAUGCUCCAGGGGUGAGGCGGGGGAGAGAGACACACACACAGGGCUCAGGGCUGGUGGGUGAGGUUGCCAAGGAGAUGAAGUUGAAACAGCGCGUGGUGUUGCUGGUUGCCGUGCUACUCCUGUUGGGGCUGGCCAAACUCUUUCUGCUGGAUGGAGGAGAGGGGUCCGCAGCCAGUCGACGAGACCUCCGGGCCUUCCGCAAGAUGGAGGCAGGCCUGUCUCUCUCACGCGGUGACCGGCUAACACACACCCUCCAGUCUCCAUGGGAGGUGGCAAACCAAUGGGUGGGCCCUAGGGAGGUGUACCCUGAGGAGACCCCCGAGCUGGCAGCCGUCCUCUCCGCGCUGGGCACUGCCCGAGUGGAGCGGGCAGAUGUGGGCUACAAGGGCACCCAGCUUAAAGCUCUACUAGUACUGGACGGGGGGCAGAAGGUGGUCUUCAAACCCAAGAGGUAUAGUAGAGGCUAUGUGGUAGAAGGAGAGCCUUAUGCAGGUUAUGACAGACACAACGCAGAGGUGGCAGCUUUUCACCUGGACAGGAUCCUGGGUUUCAGAAGAGCACCCCUAGUGGUCGGGAGGUUUGUCAACCUGAGGACUGAGAUCAAACCUGUCGCUACGGACCAGCUACUCAGUACCUUUCUAAUGCAGGGUAAUAAUAGUUGUUUCUAUGGGAAGUGUUACUACUGUAGAGAGAGUGAGCCGGCGUGUGCGGAAGGAGAGAUGAUGGAGGGAUCAGUAACUCUCUGGCUGCCAGAUGUCUGGCCGCUCCAGAAACACAGACACCCUUGGGGACGCACCUACAGGGAGGGCAAACUGGCCAGGUGGGAGUAUGAUGAGAGCUACUGUGAUGCGGUGAAGAAGAUGCCUCCGUACGACGCCGGUCCCAGACUGCUGGACGUCAUAGACACAGCCAUCUUUGAUUACCUCAUCGGCAACGCCGACCGACAUCACUAUGAGAGUUUCCAAGACGACGGAGGAGCCAGCAUGCUCAUCCUGCUGGAUAACGCAAAGAGUUUUGGGAAUGCAGCUCUGGAUGAAAGAAGCAUUCUGGCCCCUCUAUAUCAGUGUUGCAUGGUGCGUGUGUCUACGUGGAACAGGUUGAACCUGCUGAGAGCUGGGGCUCUGAGUUCAGCCCUAAGACAGGCCCUGACCUUUGACCCCAUUAACCCUGUCCUGGCCGAGCCCCACCUGGCUGCCCUGGACAGACGGCUGUCUGGUGUCAUAGCAACCAUCCAGCAGUGUGUGGAGUCGCUGGGCCCCGACAACACACUGAUAGAGGACCGCAUGAUCUUGCCACACCCUUAGAAAAGGUCAGGAGGGAGGGAGGAAGGAGAGAAAGUAUAACCUGUCUCGCCUCGGGGGAGAGAGGGUUGAGCCAUGGGAGGAGGAGCUGGAUGAUAAACCCCUCCUCUCAUGGCCCCCCAGAAAGGAACAGGAAAUGACCCCAGCAGCAGGAAGUGACUUGAUAAAGGACUGGGUGUUGAGUCCUCUAUAAACUGUUCCCCUCCACACUAGGACCUACUGGAUACCUAACUUUUCUCCUGACAUCUCCUCUCCCACACACACACACACACACACACACACCUUCUGCCAAAACCUCUCUCUCCAUCCAGUGUAAAGGAGGGAACCAAGGCCAAAGGACUCAACCCAAAGACUCACAGGUCAGUGGCGAGAGAGAGACUGGCUAACUGACCAUGGGGGGGCAGGAGGGGGAUUUUGUGGUCAGUCUGAUUGUGACUGACAGACAGAUGUGGCUGUAUCCAAAAUGGCAUCUAAUUCCCUGUAUAGAUGCAGAAGGCUCCAAAAGUAGUAUACUGUAUAGAGGGAAUUGGCUGCCAUUUCACAUCUGCUCGAUGUGAGCUGUCUGACCAGUGACUAGGGAUGCUAUUCCACUAGUUUCGGCCCCUGUUUCUCAGACCCAAUUCCUGUUCCUGGACUAAAAGCACUUUCAAUAGAGAUUCUUUAUACAUGCCAUAAAGAGAUCAAUGGACCGCAGACCGUGAGGGAUAGAAGAGGGACACAAAAAUCUGAUCUAACAAAGUGGAUAUUCGUCAAUUCUCUCAUGAUGUACACUGAAUGUAGAAAACAUUAGGAACACCUUCCUAAUAUUUAGUUGCACCCCCUCCUUUUUGCCCUCAGAACAGCCUCAAUUCAUCAGGGCGUGGACUCUACAAGGUGUCAAGUGUUCCACAGGGAUUCUGGCCCAUGUUAACGCCAAUGCUUCCUACAGUUGUCAAGUUGGCUGUACAUCCUUUGGUUGGUGGACCAUUCUUGAUACACACGGGAAACUGUUGGAUGUGAAAAACUCAACAGCGUUGCAGUUCUAGAUACACUCAAACCGGUGCGCCUGGCACCUACUACCAUACCCCCGUUCAAGGGCACUUUCAUCAUUUUUUGGGGCAUUUCAGCCUCUGAAUGGCACACAUACACAAUCCAUGUCUCAAGGCUUCUUUAACCUGUCUCCUUAAUUUACAAUGAUUUUAAAGUGGAUUUAACAACUUACAUCAAUAAGGGAUCAUAGCCUUCACCUGGGUUCAUCUGGCCAGUCUGUCUUUUUUUAACUGUAAUGCAGUUGAUUGGUAACAAUGAUAUGAACAUGUGUUGGGGUUGACAUCCAUACCAGCAUUAUACUCAGAUUUUUACCCCAACAUAGUUUGAAAUACACAUGUAAACACAUACAUUUUGAUGGCCGGCAAUGAGGAGAUUCUGUAUUUAUACCCCACGGAGGGACACGUGUGGCAUUACCAUUAUUUUGGUCGAGUUCGAUUGAUGUCUUUACCACAUGUAUUGAGCAUGCUUUUUUAGUCUGGGAUUAGACUUUAUCUGGGUCCCAGGAACUAGCCUUUGGGGCCCUGGUCAGGACUGGUGCACUAUUUGAGGAAUAGGGGGCCAUUUGAGAUAUGACCAGUGUGUACAUACUGAACUGUUGAAUAGCAUAAGAGUAUAAUUGAGAAUUAUAAUAUUAAAAGAAACCUAAUUUAGUGUCAAGUUUGGAUGGUGUGUGUGUGUACGUUUUUGCGUGUGGUGUGUGUGUGUGUGUCUGUGUGCAUGAGUCCAAUGUUUCCCCAAAAAUAUGUUUUUGCAGCAGUGGAAAAGGUCGCGGGGGGUGGGGCAGGUACAGGGGACAUGCCCCCCCCCCAGACAGUUUUUAGAAUGUCUGUGAGAAUGUCAUUUCUUUUUAAAAGGACGUUCUACUCUAAAAUGAAUGAAAAUCAAAUUAUGCCGACAUCAUCCGUCUAUGAUCUCCCCCAUAAAUGAGCCCAAUAACAUAUUGCAAAAAAAAAAAUGUAUGUUUAGGGCUGACUCUCUUACCAUAGCCUAUACAUGGCACCAAACCAUAUUAUCAGGCAAGUGUGCUAUUAGCAAUAAGCACUUUUUUUCUGGAUUAAAACAGGGCUACUUUCCUGCAAUUAUAUAAAAAAUUUCCAUGGAGCUGACAUAAAAUGUGUCAAUGUGAAAGCUAAUUUCCUGCAAUUCUACACAUUUUGCAACUGAUAUUAAAGAAUUUGGGAAAUUGAGGGGGUUGCUGGGAAGUUUGGGACUGUAUGUUUUCAACAUUAAAAAUGAUCUUUAAA